GACUCGAAGGUAAUACACGAAUACAAAGAAAAUCAGCUGGAGGUCGUACACGUAUUUGACUCUCGUCGUAACCAAAAUAAAUAUGGCUGCCUAGAGAGCUAGAAAUAAAUAACAUUGUUUCCACGUGGGUUUUAUAAUCUAGAAUUAUUAUUAUAAAUCAUUAUUUAUUAUUACUAAUAAUUUAUUGUUCUACAUAACCUAGAAUAAAUAACGAUGGCAGGAGAAAUAAUAAAUAAGGAUUCUAAACAGCUGGAAAAUUUUUUAAUGGAGAUGAAUAAAAAUGUAGCAAACGUAAAUAUAUUGGUCGAAAGCUUAUCGACCCGUACAGAUAAUGGUGAAUUGUCUACAAAUAAGGGCUUAAGUUUUUUAGAGAUGAAGUAUCACAUGUUGCUGUCUUACCUCAUAAAUUUAACUUAUGUUAUGUUGAAAAAAUGUUCUGGGGAAAAAAUUGAAGGAGACUCAUCUAUUGAAAGAUUAGUUGAGAUUAGAACAGUUCUUGAAAAAAUUAAACCUAUUGAAUAUAAACUUAAAUAUCAAAUAGAAAAACUAGUUAGGAGUGCAGUAACUGGUGUUGGAACUGAUAAUGCAGACCCAAUAAAGUUUAAAGCCAAUCCAGAUGCUUUGGAAGCUGAUUCUCAGGACUCUGUGGAAGAAGGUUCUGAUGAUGAAGGACAGGAUGGUGAUGAUAAUACCAAACAGAAAAAAGGAAUUUAUGUUCCUCCAAAACUAACUGCUGUGCAUUAUGAUGGAGAUGAAACAGCAAAUGAAAAAAUACGUAAAGCAGAAGAAAGAUCCCGAAAACGAGCAAUUUCUGGAGCAAUUCUACGAGAAUUGAAAGAAGAAUAUCUCGAUACUCCAGCAGAAGAUAGUAUUGGCAGAGAGAGGAGAGUCAAUUUGGAUCCCACAAUCAAGAGGAAAAUUGAAUAUGAAGAAAAUUACAUGACAAGAUUACCUGUCACUAAACAAGAAAAACAUAGGAAUCGACGAAUGACUACUUUGAAUACUCUUGGUGAUGAAAUAACAAAUUUCACGAGACCCAACAUCAGUAAAAAACGAUCGUUGAAGGGUAAAAAUAAAAAGAAACCCACAAAAAAAAGGAGACCUCAUAAAACGGGACACAUUUCCUUCGGUUGUCAAUGAAUCUACUUUUGUAAUUGAAGUGGUUGUGUCCUUUUACUUCCUAAUUCCCACUCUUCAAAUUUUUCCUCUACUCUUUUAAUUUUUUUGUUGUACCUCUCAACCACUUGAAAGAAAUUUAAACAGUCUUGUUU